AUGUGCCUAAUGAUCUCGGAAAUUAUUCUGCCGACAGCCAUCUCUAGCAGUGCGGCUCAUGCCGCUGGCUUAAGCGACUUGAUCCAGCUGCAUAGUCCAGAAGCUUAUUCGUCCGGACCGUCCCAUAGGAUCUUCAUUGGGCUUCGCCCGGCUAUGAUUAUUCACUCGAUUCGCAACAAGCAACCCACAUUUUUAGCCUCCCCCGAAUGGAGAACAAUUCCGUUCCAGCAUGUCAAAGCAAACUCAUUUCACGCUCUAAUGACAGAAGCUACUGCAAUUCCUUCUAUUUUAGUGGAUAUUGAUCAGCUUAAAUACGGCUCUUCCCAUUCAAAUUCACCACUUGCCGUCUUUGAAGCUCUCAAGGACCUUCUUGAAGCACUGGUCGACUGGAACGUGUCAUUCCAAGGCCUUACAAACAAACCAUCCUUCCGAAUUCUGGGCAAAGGCCCUGAAAAAGCUCAUGUGUGGUUUCCCGACAUCACUACCGCAAAUUCUAUGACACACUAUUGGACUUUCUGGAUAAUGUGCAUCGUGUACAUCAGAAAGCUAAGAAAUGACUACCCGGAGCUAAGAGACGAAGAACUGUUGAUCAGCGGAGAGAGCCCAGAGAGCCCUAUCAUUACAGAAGUGGCGAUUCAAAUGUCUACAUGGAUAUUCCAAAGCAUCGAGUAUUUGGUUCAAGAUGAAAUGAGGUUAUUCGGCGCCAUCUCUGCGACUCUACCAACCAGAGUAGCUUACCAAUUCCUCCGAUACAAUCACUUCUACGAUCAGGAACUAAUAUCGUGGUGUGAAAGGGUGAUUGACGGUAUUAGGGAUAGGGGAUACGAUUACAUUGCCCAGUAUAUCUUGGAUGACGAUGGAGUGUGA